GACAACUUGAAGUCAAAAUCAUUCUUCCAAUCUUCCUUCUUGCUUUGCAUUGCCAUCCCUGAUCAUACACUGACUCAACAUGCGACCUCUAACGGAAGAAGAGACAAAGACACUCUUCACCAAACUGUCACAUUAUAUCGGCAAUAACAUCGUCCACCUGGUAGAUUCAGGAGAAGAUGGAAUUCCACACGUUUUUCGUUUACACAGAGAUCGAGUGUAUUACGUUUCAGAAUUAGCAAUGAAACAAGCAAUUUCAAUCGCACGACCAAAUUUGAUCUCCUUAGGAGUAUGUUUUGGAAAAUUCAGUAAAACGGGAAAAUUUAGACUUCAUAUUACCGCUUUAGACACUUUGGCACAAUAUGCAAAACAUAAAGUUUGGAUUAAACCAAACGGAGAACUUCCGUUUUUGUAUGGAAAUCAUGUCGUUAAAGCACAUCUUGGAAGAAUAACGGACGAUACACCAGAACAUGCAGGAGUAGUAAUCAUGAGUAUGGCAAAUGUGGCUUUGGGCUUUGGUGUAACGGCAAGAUCAACAAUUGACACACGUAAAUUGGAUCCUACAAGCAUCAUCGUCUUUCAUCAAGCAGAUGUAGGAGAAUAUCUGCGUGAUGAAGAUACCCUAUUUUAACGCUUUCACAACAACUGCUGUACUUUUAGCAAUUC